UAGUCAGUAAGUCAAGGAAAGAGAACUUCUUGCAGGGUUUAAUCUCUUGCUUGGAGAAUUUAACGAUCUUUGUGUACACGCUCAGACGACCCAGAGGCUGAGUUUAUUCAAAGCUUUUUGUCCCAUUCAGACGACACACUGGCACUGAGUUGCUUCAAAGGCUAAACGAUAUCAAAGAGAAAACCUCGUACAGAGAACUUGCUGAUCAUGUUGUUCCUACUGAUUUUUGUGCUGAUAACCCUGGCCUCUGCGACCGCCAAUAAUGUCAGCAGCAAACCAUGUGACAACAAUGUCUCAAUGUGUUACGGUGGACAACCAGGGACAAAUGGCAUCCCCGGCAUGCAUGGCAUGCCGGGUUCCCCUGGGACACCUGGCCGUGAUGGACGUGACGGAGUCAAAGGAGACCAGGGCAGCCCGGGAAAGAUUGGACUUCAGGGACCAGCUGGCGCAGAAGGAAAGAAAGGAGAUAAGGGAGAGUCUGGAGCCCAGGGCCCCGCUGGGCAAAAGGGACAGCGAGGGGAGAAAGGUGAGAGUGGAAUUCCAGGAUCGCCUCAGCUUUCCUCGUACAUGAACUGGAAAGAAUGCACCUGGAAAAAAGGCGACGACAAAGACUCAGGUGUGAUCCAGGCAAGUGAUUCACAACAUGAGUGUAUAAUGUAUUCAACAAAGCUCUGUCAUUAUUUGUCAUUACUAUAACUGUAGCUCACGCUAAGCCACAAGUGAUACGUGGGUAAUUUCCCGAGCUUCCUAGCGCGCGGUCCCCAAAAAACACGUAUUUUGCAAAACGUGAUGCGAACGUCAGAUUUAGAGCAGUCAAAGUUGUCUUGCUAGUCCUGUCCUACAACGGAGCUCUUUCCUUAGAUUCCUUUAGAUUUCGACCAGUCCAUUAUCUUCGUCGCUGGAAAAAGGUAAUUUGUAGCUCAAUUUCGUUCUGUUUUUUUAUUGUGCCGUCGUAAGAUUUUCGUAUAUUUCGUUAAAACAAGCCGACUCGCCAACGGUUCGUUUUCUCAUCGAUUUCUUUGUCAUGUACUACUUCCUAGUUUUACUCUUCUUUCUGUAACCCGCUGAGGAUAUUAAAAGAAAGUUGUAAUUCUGAGAGCAGUGUGAUGGUAAAUU